GCAAGUUGUGGCUCAGACAAUUCCAGGAGCGUUCAACAAUAUCGCAUUUUGUUUACAACCCAUGGCCCGUGCUUUGUGUUUGGGACUUGGGUUUUGGUUGGCGUCAGGCGAGGUGCACCCGGAGCGCGCCGCAUUGCUCGCGGAGGUGCAACAGAUACCGGGGCUCACCUGGACCCCGAGCCUCGUGGAACGUUUUGCGGCGGAAGCGCCGGGAAAUUCCAAAAGCUACGGCGUCAAGGGCAACGUGUCCGAGGCCAUCCAAAAGGCAAUCCAGCGCGGGGAUUUGGAGCGUGUGCUCUUCAUCGACGACGGCGAACUCCCAGAAACCUUUGACUCGGCUCAACAGUGGCCGGAGUGCGCCAAGAUGAUCAAUGACAUUCGUGACCAGUCCAACUGUGGUUGCUGCUGGGCCUUCGCAGGUGCCGAAGCGGCCUCGGAUCGCAUGUGCAUCGCCACCAAGGGAAAGACCAUGGUGCUCAUCUCGGCUCAGGAUGUGUGCUUCAACUCCAACCCGGAUGGCUGUGAUGGCGGCAUGAUCGACACCCCCUGGAGCUACAUCAAGUCCACGGGCGCGGUCAGUGGUGGCCAAUACCAGGGCACUGGACCCUUCGGCAAGGGCCUCUGCAGCGAUUUUUCAUUGCCUCACUGCCAUCACCAUGGGCCCCAGGGCAAAGAUCCUUACCCCGCAGAGGGCAAGCCGGGAUGCCCCUCAGAGUCGUCCCCAGCUGGGCCCACCAAGUGUGAUUCCACGGCCAAGGCGCCACAUGAUGACUUUAAAAAGGACAAGUACAGCUACAACGGCAAGACCCAGACCGCAUCUGGAGAGAAGGCCAUUCAGCAGAUGAUCAUGGCAGGCGGCCCAGUGGAAACUGCCUUCACGGUGUACUCGGACUUUGAGCUGUACACCCACGGCAUUUACAAGCACGUCUCUGGGUCAGCCGCUGGUGGGCAUGCCGUGCGCAUGGUUGGUUGGGGUGUGGAGAAUGGCGUGAAGUACUGGAAGAUUGCGAACUCUUGGAACCCGUACUGGGGCGAGAAGGGUUUCUUCCGCAUCAUCCGCGGCACCAACGAGGGUGGCAUCGAGGAUCAGGUGGUUGGCUCCUCUCCCAGCGCCACCUGGACCCAUGGUGGACAGGGCGAGGCUCAGAUCGUGGUCUGAGAUGGUGAUGUUGUGAACCCAUGAAAAUCUGGAGCCCAUCGACCCAGCUAUAAAAAACCAUGGGGAAGUUGUUCUACCGAAAAGAGGAACUGGUUUUGA